AAAGCCGCAGUCGCGUCAGCAACGUCGAACUGAAAAGAACGCGACUUUUGGACGGGAAAAGCGAAUGCGAAGCGCAAACGACGAAAUAUCACGCAUACGCCGCGUUGGACCGAAAAGAGUUGCAAGUGAAGUGAUAUAAAAAUAAACUGAGGGAGAAGAGUUUACGCCUUGGCUCGUUAGUGGAUUUUUUGCCUUUUUGGGCAGUUUACGAGCGGCUCAGCAUAAAUUGCUGGUUCCACAUAAUCUACCUCCGCCUCCGUUGCCCAUUUCCCAUUCGCACGAGCGUAAUGAGGCAAUGAGACGGGGGGCAGCCGGAAAAGCAACAGCGGGAAACUCAGCCGAGGAGCCAUGACAUCUGGAGUCUGCCGGAGUCUGGAGCUUUGGCCUCUGCCCGAGUGAAGAGCCCCAACCCCCAGCGAUGCUGCGCGAUAUCUUUCUGUAUUUAGUUCUAAUCGUUUUAUUUUGCUUCAUUUUCAUGGCGCAGUUAAUCGUCAACGUUUACGCCUUCCAGCGUCAGCCGUCGCCCCACAAAGCGGAGCGCAAUGAAAUUAUAUUUGUCUAGAAAGGAGACAAGCUCCCCCAACCCACAGAGCCCCCAAGAGGCACAGAGAACAAUGCUUGCAAAAAAUCAUUCCAAUGAAAAUAUGAUAUUAUCAAACAUAACUAAGCAAAAUAUAUCCUUAAAACAUACUUGUCUGGAGACUGUAUAAGCCAUUAGCUCAAUAUUCGUUUUUACAACGAAUAGUUCAUAAUAACUAGGAGUUAACUUGAUUAAUAGGCAUAUAGAUCACAUAGCAGGUGCAAGAUAUCAUCUUUUCUUGCGGUGCAGCUUUGAGGAGGAAAAGAAGGCAGGAAAAUGAAGACGCUACAAAAGCAAAGGCUACAAGUCAAGUCGCGGUGGUUUCCAUUUAAUAAGAAAGGGAACUCAACUAGGUUCAACUCUCAGUUGAGUGAGAAAAGUGGGAAAAGCGCAGGGAAUAGGCGGGGAAAUCCAGGGAA